UGAGUCGACUCAGCACAAAACAUUCUAAAUUCAUUAAGCAACAUUGAUUAAACGGUUCCUGCAAGAUUAGGAAUAAAAAAACAACAUUCACUUCCUUUUAUUAUGUAACUUGAUAUGUCUUCUGGGCUUAAGGGAUGAUUAACCCAAGUUUUUUUGUGGUUGGUCCAAGAUUACAGAAGACCUGACUUCUUAUCAGUUACUGGCACUUGACAGGAGCUACUUGGUUUCAUCGUCCUGUUGGCAUAAGCUUCGGAGGAAUUUCCAGCUGAACAUCACUUCUGACCAGUGUGGCACUGGCUACAUAGCUCUCUAAGCGCAAUUUCCAAAUCAUGCCGGGCAGCGGAGGUCCAGUUGCGACAUUCUCAGUAUGGGACUAUGUGGUGUUCGCCGGCUUGAUCCUUUUUGCUGCCGGCAUAGGCUUGUUCCAAGCCAUACGUGGACGCAAGGAGACCAACAGUGAUGAGUUUCUCCUGGGCGGCCGUCAGAUGACCGCAGUUCCUGUGGCUUUGUCCCUUACGGCUAGUUUUAUGUCAGGUAUCACUGUUAUUGGUACCCCUGCAGAGGCGUAUAUGUACGGCACGGCAUUCUGGCUCUUCGUCUUCUCCUAUGCCAUCAUGUCCAUUAUCAGUGCUGAAAUCUUCGUGCCUCUGUUUUACCGGCUGAGGAUCACCAGCACAUAUGAGUACUUGGAGAUGCGUUUUAACAAGCUGCUACGAGUGAUUGGAACCAGCAUGUAUAUUGCUCAAACUGCUUUGUACACAGGCAUGGUUAUCUAUGCUCCUGCACUCGCACUUAAUCAGAUCACCGGUCUGGAUCUGUGGGGAGUGCUAGUGGCAACAGGGGCAGUCUGCAUCAUCUACUGUACCCUGGGAGGGCUGAAGGCAGUGAUAUGGACCGAUGUGUUUCAGAUGAUCAUCAUGUUGAGUGGGUUUGUGGCGAUAAUCGCUCGUGGAGCUGUGCUGCAGGGGGGAUUAGGGAAGAUCUGGAAUGACAGCUACCAUGGAGGACGUUUGGAAACAUUCAGUUUUGAUCCUGAUCCUUUGAGACGUCAUAGUUUUUGGACAAUCGUUGUGGGUGGCAGUCUGAUGUGGGCAUCCAUGUACUCGAUCAACCAAUCACAGGUCCAGCGCUACAUUUCCUGUAAGACAAUAACUCAUGCGAAGCUAUCUCUGUAUUUGAAUAUGGUGGGAUUAUGGGUCACUGUGAGUUUGGCCAUGCUCUCGGGUCUCACCAUGUACUCCAUCUAUAAAGACUGUGAUCCUUUCACCAACAAAGAUGUAGGAGCAUCAGACCAGCUCCUUCCUUAUCUGGUGAUGGACAUACUAGCAGAAUUCCCAGGACUGCCUGGAUUGUUCGUGGCUGCAGCUUACAGUGGAACAUUAAGUACGGUGUCGUCGAGUAUCAACGCUCUGGUGGCUGUCACAGUGGAGGACUUUAUGAAGCCAGCAUGGCCCUGGCUGACAGAGAGACAGCUGUCCUGGAUCAACAUGGGCAUGAGUGUAUUCUAUGGAGCUGUAUGCAUCGGUAUGGCUGGUGUUGCGUCCUUGAUGGGCAAUAUACUGCAGGCAGCUUUGUCCAUAUUUGGUAUGAUCAGUGGACCUCUCUUUGGGCUUUAUAUGCUGGGCAUAUUCUUCCGCUGCGUGAACUCCACUGGAGGUUUAGUUGGUUUGAUUUCUGGCCUGACUAUAACGUUAUGGGUGGGAAUUGGAGCUCAGGUGUAUCCUCCUUUACCUGAGAAGACCCUUCGGCUUCCCUUGAGUGUAAAAAUACGCUUCACACCACACAAAAAAAAAAACAACAAUAACACAACACACAACACACACAAACAAACCACAACUCCACAGGCAAGACCAGCUUUGGCAGACAGCUGGUAUUCUUUGUCCUACCUAUACUUCUGCCCUGUAGGCAUAAUAGUGACCAUGGUCACAGGACUAAUAGUCAGUGCAAUCUCAGGUGGCUGUAAGCAGGAGAAAGCUCGACCUGAACUCUUUAUUGGAAAAUCAGAUCUCAUCUGCUUUGGAUGCAGAAGCUCAGACUCAGAGGUGUCAGACUUAAUUGAGAAAGACCCAAAAAAUAUCCAGGGUCUGGAGAGUCCAGUUUUCGGCGACAAUGAAAUUGCACUGAAAGAGAAAGACUACAAGGAGAAGAUCACUAAGUUUUAGAUGUGAAAAACAAAUAGAUUUUUUGGAUAUGAUGUAAAUAGUAAAUUAUGACUGUAUUUUUGUAUGUUGAAAUUAAGUGAUGAUGGUACAUUCAAUCCUUUCAAACAUUUCCAUAAGAGAAGCAAGAAAUUAAUGUUAAGCAUGUCUUUUUAUUCCAGUAGGCUACAUUAUACUGUAUAUUGAACUGUUCUUAUAAACUACAUCAAUUUUUUGCGAUUUUAAUUAUCAGGUUUUGUAUUAUUUACACAGGAAUAUUUAGUAAAAGUUUCUGUAUUAAAUCUGAAUUAUUCUGAAAUAAAAUUUGACAAAUGUUUA